CCCCUGAGCUUUAGGGAGUCAGACUAGUUCUCUACCUGCCCAGGUUUGCUUAGGGCGUGGAGGCUGCGGAUAAAGGCAGGACUCAGGCUAAGCAGCCCGGCUCUCUCCCGGAACCUGAACCUCCGCGCGGCCUGUGGAGCACGCAGAUCCCUCCAGGCCAGCUCUCCGACAUGCAAGAGGUGGCCCUGAGCCUGCUCGUCCUCCUGGCAGGCCUGCCUGCCUUGGAUGCCAACGACCCGGAAGAUAAAAACAGUCCUUUCUACUAUGACUGGUUCAGCCUCCGUGUCGGCGGGCUCAUCGUCGCAGCGGUUCUGUGCGCCAUCGGCAUCAUCGUCCUCAUGAGUGGGAAAUGCAAAUGCAAGUUCAGCCGGAAGCCCCGGUAAGAUGGGUUCCAGGCAGUGUGCCUGCCUCAUACUGGACAGACACCUUUCAGGGGUAAAGAGCUAAAUCUCGCAAAAAAAAAAAAGGCCAGGUCUCUGGGUCUUGCCCUGGAGAAUUCCUGCUACUGAGAUUUUCCAGGUUUAUUCUUCAGAGCCAUGAAUCCUCAGAGGGCCUCCAAUCACGAAAUGCUUUGGUCCCUGGGAUGGUACAACUCUGUGGGAAAACAGCUAGGAAGCUACGUCGGGGCAAGCUGAGGAUCCUCUAGCCUUGAGGGCGAGGAUAAACGGGGGCGAACGGAGAUCUCACCACUUUUCUUUUCCUAGCCACCAUCCAGGGGAUGCCCCACCUCUCAUCACUUCAGGUAAGACAGGGACAGAAUGGGGCUGACUGGGACACAGGGUAUGAGGUGUGUGUGUGUGUGUGUGUGUGUGUGUGUGUGUGUGUGUGUGUGUGUGUGUGUGUAUGCCCCCUGGGGAGAAAUAACCUGAUCCACUCUCACAAGCUGACCCUGUCACCUCUCCCAGGCUCUGCCCAUAACUGUUGAGGAUGGAUCAGCUGAAAGAGCACCGAGGGCCACUCUUUCCCCAAGUCCUGGCUCUGCACAGGAGCCUGAACUCCAGGAUGGAAUUCUCAGACCCCCUGGCCAGGGCUCCAUCUCAUCUCUCACUGGAGGGGGUCUUUGUUCAAUUUUCACUCUAAAAUGAUCUUGCCUCAUGCCCAA